GAACGGCAGGCAAAAGUUGCAGAGGCGGCCUGUGCCAGAGCGUCCGGAGCAGGGCCAGGAGAACGAGUUCGGCUGCCUCCCACUUGCUUAGCUCCUGCAAACUUCUGUUUGAUUCACCCGGUACUUAUUUUAAAAAGUUUGCAUAAAAUUCUUACGCCUUUUUGUCUACAUGCCUAUUGAUGCAUGCAUUUUUGUGUACCACUUUUCAAACACACUUUUUGUAAGCAAUUUUCCUUUUGUGAUACACUUUAAUGCUUUUUUUCACCACAGGCAGGUUUGUUUGCAGUUUCCCCUGCAUUUUUGUGCGCAUUUCUUCACUGGAGGAAUCUACUGCCUGAUCGGAGGUGCAAAUUUCAAAGGAUAACUGGGGUUCAGUUUGUGGAUUGGUUCAGAAGUGGAGCAUUAGGUCCUUAACGGAACCCGGCAGCAACAUUCCUCCAACUGAAAGAUGGAGGCACCUGCAGAAAAGAUUGUCCUGAAUGUGGGAGGUGUCCGCUAUGAAACAUACAGCAGCACCCUGAGGGCCUUCCCAGGGACCCGGCUGUGCAGCCUCACCGAAGCCCAGGCCGCCACGACUUCUGAUUCCAGCCCUCGUACCCGAGAGUUCUUCUUUGACCGAAGUGCCCGGCUGUUCGGGCAGGUGCUGAACUAUUACAGGACCAAGCAUCUCCACUGCCCUGCAGGCGUCUGCCGGUCUGUCUUUGAGGAGGAGCUGGCCUUCUGGGGGAUCACGGGCUCCACCCUGGCCCCCUGCUGCUGGACACAGCUGAGGCAGGUGGGCGUCCAACCGGAGAGCGGUGGCCUUGAGGACAUCAGUGGCCAGGGCAACACCCAGGGCGGCCUCCUGCAGCAGGCCGAAUGGAGCAGCGGCUGUUGGUGGGCUCGGUGGCAGCCCCGAAUAUGGGCUUUCUUCGAAGACCCCUAUUCCUCUCGGUGGGCCAUGGGCUUCACGCUGGUUUCCCUGCUGUUCAACAUGGCCAUCAUCAUCAUCCUCUGUGUGAAAACCGGCUCGUUUUCCAAACCCACCGGGGAUGGCCCCUACUCAGGGCCCGUUUCAUGCCAGAUGCCCCCAUACCUCCUGCACCUGGAGCUCUUCUUCAUCCUCUGGUUCACAGUCACAUUUUUCGUGCAGUUCACGUUCUGCCCGGGCAAAAAGAAAUUCCUCCAAAGCCCCAUGAGCGUGAUCGACUUCCUUUCCCUGCUCCCUGUUCAUAUCGAGCUCUUCACAGCCGGAUCUGCGCACGAGAGUCGGGGCCUGGCGUGCUGGUUGCGCCUCUUCCGUGGGGUGUAUAUUCUCAAGCUCCUGAGGGUGCUGAGGCUGGUGGAGACCCCCCUGAUGCUGUGUGUCCUGCCCUACACCUUCCGGUCCAUCCUGAGAGAGAUUUGCAUCCUCAUGGUGAUCUUCGCCUUCGAAAUCCUUUUCUUCGGUGCCCUCUGCUUCUACGCAGAGGUCUUGCACGAUGACCCACUAACAGCUUACCGGGAUAUCACCUCUGCCUUUUGGUGGGCGCUGAUCACUUUGACCACUGUCGGCUAUGGAGAUAUGCUGCCUUUCAGCACGUUCGGCCGUAUUAUCGGGAGCUGCACGGCAAUCUGUGGAGUGCUGACGAUUAUCAUCCCAAUUCCGAUCUUCCUCAUCAAGUUCAAGGCCCACUAUGAUGCUGCUGUAAUCGAGGAGAGGAAGAAGAGGACAAAGAAACGGGCGCCAGCGCUGCCCUCUUGAGAACCAUGGAGCGCCAUCCAUCCAUCCAUCCAGCGGACAAACCCCCAAACGGUGCCCCACAUGGCGCACGCUUCAUUAUCCAAGUUUUCUCUUUCCGUGUGAGCAGCGAGUGUCCCUGUUUUUCCAGAGGAACAGUUCAUUUGCACACACAUGUAUUCACAGACGAGGCCUUUCUUCUUACGAUGUGUUUUUCUUUUUCCUUCGGCAUGUUUUUCCAGUCCCUCUGACUCUCUGGCAAGCACACUCCAACAAAGUCUGCCCACAGUCUCUCUUCAUAAUUUCCUUCCCAUCUCAGUGUUAGGCUCCUGAUUAACAGCAGGCAGGCAGUUGCCUGAUGAAUUCUGAUAAGAUCGGCAGUACAAAAAUUGGGGGAACUGAGUGCACAGGCUUGAGCCUAAAAUUUGCAUUUGCCAGCGCCACGGAUCUCUCAGAAAGGCGGCUUCUCCCUGGAGCUGGAGCUGGAGCUGGAGCUUCCACUUGGACCUGUCCCACCUGCCCAUGAUUCCCCCACCCGUUAUGCUGUAGUGGGAUCACCAGCAGGCAAGGAGGUGGCCCAGGCACAAGUGUGGCUGCAGGCGCCUGCAGUUAGCCACCCCCUCCUGCGGGGACUCCUCGCUCCCCACCUGCUUGCAGCCGUAUUCGUGGCCGUCUGCUCCAGCUGCGCGCUCUGCUCUCGCUCCUUCCUUGCUUUUGAAAUUGCUGUCCAGGGCCAGCUUUUCCUGUGGAUAUGCCUGGCUAGUGCACGGGCUCACAUAGUCAGCCGUCUCCACAGUCCGAGUCGUCACAACUUUUCCGGUGUCCUGUGCUUCCCUUGACCACCCCAGAUCACGGGCCAUACACCCUCGACCUGCCAUGCGGGUGUUCGAGGCCGGUGGGGCAGUUCCACCCUCCCCCAGCCGUUCCUACCCAUCUUGGUGGCGCUGCAGCCACCCUUGCGGAAGAGGACAGGAGUGUGUCGACAGGCAUUUCACAGAAGCAGCCGUGGGUGCGCAGAAGCGGUUCCCUGACAGGUGCCUUUUCGCCAGCAUUGUGCAGUGGAUCCCGUCCCUGAUCUGGGGCAAUUCUAGUCUUUCUAUCUUGGAGACUAGUACAGAAUCCAUGGGGAGUGUACAGGGGUCUCUCUCUCUCUCUCUCUCUCUCUCUCCCCAUUGUCCCGGGAAUUUCUGUUGACAUUUUUAUAUUCUGAUAAUGAAGCAUCUAUCAGAUGCACUUCCCCCGUGCAGCUCCAAUGGGUCAGGAUUAGUCUGUGACACAAACCGGAGAAGCACAGAUCAUUGUCUAUACCUUAAGGAGGCUUAGACUGAGUUUCAAAGGCGGGGGUCUCAGCCCCCCUGGAUGCUGGAAGGGAGCUGGGGAGAAGGGAAGGAAGGAGGUAGGUCCUGCCUUACCUUCAGAAGAGGCUGCUGACACCUGGCACUGUACUGCAAGGCUCCCGUUUCAGAAAUGUGAUUCUGGAGGAGAUGAAGGAGGAAAAAUCUCCUAUGUCUUUUAUAUAAUGGAAUUGUAAGUCACAUAUUUUGCUUUUGCACUGCACCUUAUUAAAAAGGAACAGCAUUAUAGCAUUAUAUGACAAA